AUGACACGCAAUCCGUCACAUCUCUCCCUUCUCGCAACCACCCUCUUCCUACAACUUACGCACGCCCAAGUCGGCACCAUAACGCAGGACGUCUACACCCUCUCGGCCUUUCCCCUCCAAAAGCCCUGCGCGCAAUCCUGCUUCGUCGCCACCGGUAUCUGCCCCAACGACGUGCUCGGCAGCGAAAUAGGUUGCAACUCAUGGAACUGCAACGACCGUAUUUGGCAAGCUACGAACGACUGCUACUGCCGGACGGAUCUGCAGAAGCCUGCGCAAGAACUUCUGACCAGUUGUGUCGAGAGGAAGUGUACGGUGGGCGAUGUCAGGAUCGAUGCGUCGAGCGCGGGCAGCAUCUACGCGCGGUACUGCGCGGAGAAGGGGUAUAGUCCUGCGGCAGAACCGGCGACGGUGCAAGCGACAGCCACGGGGCCUGGUGCUUCGACAAGAGCGGUGGGGGGAGGGGUAGGCGGUGGGCCGACUGCUUCCUCGACGUCGGGCUCGCAGGGCUCGUCUUCGGCGUCGGGCAAGCUGUCCACGUCGACGAUCAUUGGCAUAGCUGUGGGGGGUCUGGCUGGUCUCGCGUUGCUCUCAGUCAUGUGCAAGAUAGUGCCCAGGUGGUUGGGAUGCGGGGGAGGUAGGAGGGUGCCGCCUCCGAUGCACCAGCAGCCCGUCUAUCCGAUGAAUCUCUACCCGUAUUACCAGCAGAAGGCGGAGUCAGAAGUCACGCCGGAUGAUUCUGUUUCGAUGGUCUCGGGGAUGCCGAGACCGGCACCGACGCUUGUGUCUAAUGCGCAGAGUUAUCCGCCGCGCAGGUAUUAG